AUGAAGAUCUGCUUCAGAAUGAAUGCCUCCUCGUGGCCUAUGUUCCUCCUGAGGACCCUGACUGGAGCAGAGAUGGCACCAGCCACAGCUUUUAAAAAGGAACCCUCCAAGCCCUCCCAGAACCUCUUUAAACCUGGGAUGAAGCUAGAAGCAGUGGACAAGAAGAACCCCUACCUGAUCUGCCCGGCAACCAUUGGAGAGGUCAAAGGUGAUGAGAUCUUUGUGAUGUUUGACGGCUGGAGAGGGGCCUUCGACUACUGGUGCCAGUUUGACUCCAGAGACAUAUUCCCUGUAGGAUGGUGUUCUCUGACCAGGCACAGCAUCCAGCCUCCUGGCAACUUCUUCACCCUCCCCAAGGCCCUCUUCCUCCCAGCCUCCUCCUCUCCCCCCGCCCCCUCCAGACGCUCCAUGCAGUCCCCCUCCUCAUAUCGCCUGCCCCAUCCGCUGCCCCCUCUGCCCGUGCGGAAGGGUGUCCGGGGCCGGCGCCCCAAACUGCAGACCAUCGCCCUGCUCAAGGCAGCGGCGGAGGCAGCGGCGGAGGCUGCUCUGAAUGGGACGCCACAGGUCUCCGGCUCCCAGCUGGCACCCAGACCCCAUAAGAAGAGGGGCCCAAGCCUGGGAGCAAGGAAGCCACGUGUGCUGCCCUCCUCGGGGACAGGCUCUGUAUAUACUACAGCCUCUGAGACCAGACUGAUCAACGUUCAUGGACCCAAGGACAACAGCCCUGGAGUGGUCUCCACAGUGUGUGUGUACGUGAACAAGCACGGAGCCUGCGGUCCACACCUGGACAGGAAGCAGUUGCAGCAGCUGCCGGACCACUUUGGGCCGGGUCCCGUCAACACUGUCCUACAGCAGGCUGUUCAGGCAUGUGUGGACUGUGCCUACCAACCAACCUUCCUCUUCAGCUUCCUACAGUCGCAGUCCGACGGAGGAGAGAUCAUCAGAGUGCAGUCUGAUGGGGGGAUCCACUAUGUCAAGCUGCCACAGGCCUCCUCUGCCUCCUUUGUGCUCAGGUUCAUGGAGACUCUGUGUCACCAGCUGCAGAGUGACAACCUGUUCUCCUCCCAACCCUUCAGCCCUGCAUUCAUGGCCUCCACUGGACACACAGCCUACGACAGGAGCACGUCAGUAAAAGAAGAGAUGUCAGAGGCCUUGUCCAUAGCCAGAGGCUCCGGAGGAAGGAGCAGGCGCUUCCAGAUGGACAGAGACAGGGACUAACCUUUACCCUUCUCCCUGUCCUCCUCCAAACGGCUGCACAGCACAGAGGCACACCCCUCGGAAGAGCCCCUUCCUCACAGUGAGAACGGUUUGCCUGAGGACCCUAUGGACACCUCCACCUCUCCCUCCAUGACCCCUCGCCCCCUGACACAACGCACCACCUCAGAGUACCGUGGCCAGGGGUCCAGCAGCCCCUACUACCCUGGGUCUGGCCCUGGUCACCCCCCACCACCACCGCUCAGGCGCCUGGCCCCCAACCCUUCCGACCUGGGGUCCAGAGGGCUACAGAGAAGAGUGGAAGGUAGGCCUUCUGCGAGCUCCACCACAGGUCCUGAGCACCUGGCAGCUGCAGACCGGGAGGCUGCAGCGGGGAACGGGGCCGGGAACGCCCCUUCCUCCUGGUCUGUGGAUGAGGUGAUGCAGUUUGUCCACGACGCCGACCCCCAAACACUCGGACCCCACGUGGAGCUCUUCAGAAAACACGAGAUCGACGGAAAGGCGCUGAUGCUUCUACGUAGUGACAUCAUCAUGAAGUACAUGGGUCUGAAGCUAGGCCCCGCCCUCAAGCUAUGUCACCACAUCGAGAGGCUCAAACAGACCAAACAGUAGCACUCACCCACACACACACACACACUCACACACACACACUCACACACUCACAUACACUCACACACACACUCACAUACACACACUCACAUA